ACGGCAAAACCCAGCGGGUUUGUACCCGUUGCCAUCUCUAGGUGAGAUCUUCGUCUAGAUUUUUGUUACCUUCGUGAUGGAUUGAGUGCUCUAACUUUAAUUUGUUUUGCAGAGCAUGUUGUUAAGCAAGGUGCUAAAAAUGCAGCAGGAUACUGAGGACAGAAAACACGAAGUCAUAGUUAAAGGCUUAGAAGAUAAAAUAAAGGAAUUUGAAGCUUCUCUAAAAGAAAAGGAUUUCUUGCUGCAAACAGUCGAAGGUUCCCUUGCAGAAGUACAACCUCAAAAUGCCAAAUUGAGCGAGGAGCUGGACGAAGCUCGAAAAAAUUUGGAUGAAAGCUCACUGCGCUUUAACAACGAAACAAAAGAGCUCGAAGCGAAGGUCAAAGCCAAAACCGAAAGAAAUUUGAAGCUACAUGAAGCUUUUGAGAACCUUCGGAACAAGUGUGCUGGCUUUGCCACCCGGUGUGCUAAUCGGUUGAAGGGGAUAUUCAACUCGGUUGGAGCUGAUUCUGAAGAGAUUAACCCUUCGGUCGAAGACAUCCCCGGGGCCUUUGAUCAUAUUGAAAAUGAAGUUGAAGCCCUUGAUGAAGUUAUCACUAGGCACGGGGAUUUCUGUGCCCUGGUAGCUUCUCGUGACACAACUGCUGCAUUUAUGAAGGCUGGAUGCACUCAUGCCAUGGCGGUUAACAAGCCAACUUUCAAUCUUUCAAUGUCAGAUAUAGUUGAUAUCCCAGCCGAAGCCCGAAGCAUAGGAAACAAAUUUAUUACCCAAAUUUGGGCUAAGGGUGGGCAUGAGUUGGCUAGGGAUGAAGCUCGAAAACUGCUCAAUUCAGAUGGUGGCGCCGAAGCUUGUUGAGCCGAAGCUUGUUCCGAAGGGCUGAAGACUCUUAGAACUUCCUUUUGUAACUAUCUAUAGAAAACUUAGGAUCUCUUGCAAAAGAUUGUAAAUGAACAAAAUAUUGUACUUAUUUGUGAAUACCUUGUAAUAUAAUUUCACCUUUUUGCUCCUGUAUGAACUGCUUUGUUA